UGUCAUUGAAACAAAUCAUUUGGGGGAAGGUAUGUGAGAGAAGGAUUAGGAUUAAUUUUAAUAUGUGUAUUUUCUGAUUUAAAAGGUAGACUGGAGAAAGACAUCCUAUAUAUUUAAGAAAUCAGUUGCAACUAGGAUACAAUUUCAGGCUUGAUAUCAGUAAUAAAAAUCAUAUAAAAAAAGUAAGUAUCUCUUCUUUCCCUAACCUUCCUUACUUGUGUUUUAUAGAGAUAAGGGCAAUUUUACUCAUAACUUUACCACAAUAUCUUUGAUAAGUAGCAAGAAGUGGGAAUUAAGAUCUAGAAAGAAAAACACAAGUUGAACUUCCUUUUUGUGCACAAAUUUCAGGGGUGCAGUGUUGUGAUAUGACAGUAGAAUUGGGCAUAACUGGAAUGUUCUGGUAAAAUCUUCAACAAGAAAACAGGUUUUGUCCUAUAUACGAGAAUACAUCCACAUGAUUCAUUACACUUUUGAGUUCUACAUAAAAAAGUAAUUUUAAGAGUUGUGUGAAAAAAGGUAUUUAAACAUAUAUUCUGUGUAGGAAAAUUCCACAGUUGAUAGUUGCACUAUUUAGUGUACACAUAAUAGUAUCAUUACACAGUCAUAAUUGAAUGCUGUGGGCAGUGAGGUGAGGAAGGGCAGCCAAGAUGCCUAACUUCAUGUAAUACUAGAAAGAACUAUUCUGUCUCCAGAUACCUAGCCAUGGAGCCCACGAAUCACGACACUCAAAACACGCCUGAAAGCAGUCCCCCGGGCAGUACCUCGGACGUCUACCGUGGGCAUCGAGUGAGGAGUCACUCCACCCCCUAUGGGCCCCCGCCUUCCAUGGAGCUCCGACAAUGGACGCGCCGGCAGUCGGCCCUGGAAAGGCCUAUUGUGUUUCAGUACGACCACGAUCGGGCCUCGGCAAGCAGUAUUCAUAAUAUUGGCGACGUCCAUGGUGCCACACCCCCAACCUCUCCCUCUUUAAGCCGGUCAGUUCCGAUGUCGGGAGGCUUUAGCGACAGCAUGGACUGCCCCUUCAGUCAGUCGGUACCAAACUCCUACGAGAUCCACCACGAGGAUGCCAGAUACGCGGGAUUUCGCACGCGCCGCCUCCAUUCCGAGCCCGAACGUCCGCCGUCCUACGAGAGCAUCUUUGGGUUUCAGGCGACUGCGAUUUUGGCGAUCCUCACCGAGAACGAAAGUGUGCGCAGCAUUCCCGUGUUACCUUCCCCAGACUGCAAAGGAAGGCAUAGCUCAACGGACAUUGUUGUGGACACGUCCCCGGUCGCGUGUCGACCACGGAUACCCAGUGCGCCACCGGAAGUUGAAGUGGAUUUCACGGAGUCUGAAAUCGCAAUAGACUUCAGUUCGUCUGUGUGUAGCGUGACACAUUGUAGCGAUGACUCGGGCACCCCCACGUCCUGCGACCGUCUCCUCAAGUCUUCCGAUACCGAGUUACAACAACACAGUACACACCACCACCGAGAGUGCUCCAUAGACACGAAGGAACCGAAUGGGAACUGUAAAGAUGCGCCAGCUCACAGGUGCUCAAAGAAAAAGACAUUACAGAGUUUCUUUUCUCGUCCUAAGUACGUGAUGUUGCUGGUGUUUGCUCUGAUGGUGUUUGUGGUGGUUAUCAUCACAUUGGUUGUGUGGACGGCGCGGUGAGAGGAAGCUGACGUUUUACACUCAUUGUCUAACAUGGUGCCAUGGACUGACCCCCCCGACAAGUAUUUUUUUAAUCCAUACAGAUUCAUUGUGGUCACUCCAGCUUUAAAAGACAGUAGAUAGAGGUCGUCAGUCUACAAAAAGACAUUUACUCGAUCACUGUGAAAGCAUCACUUUGAUUGCUACAAAAGUUUGCUGGAAAACGUGACGUCAUCGUAUACUUUAUGACGUAGUUUCCAGAUGUGUGGAGGACAUGAGGUUCAGCAAACCAGGUUUUCACACCCUGCAAUUGCUGCGUUAAAAGUACAUUAUCGGAAAAACUGUAGGUCUCCCCGAACGGUUGCAGUGAGAGCCUUUUUUCGCAGCCAAUAGUGUACUUUGUGUUCAUCUUGUCACAUACUGUACCAGCGGGUUGUUGGUAUUUGCAAACGUUUUUGGACAAGUCUUGGCCUCUAGAGGUGAGAUGCUAUUGUAUUGAGACGACGCUUAGCAUCUCUGCAGGAACCUUCUUGUCGUCGGCAACAAGUGUUUUGAAGAAAACCCGAGUCGGGAUCAAUUUAGUUUGUAGAAAUUCCCAGAAUGGGCAAUUCAUAUACUAUCAACCAAAUAAUAGGCGAACAGAUCAUGAAGCAUGUGUGCCAUAUAUGAUAAGAAGUCUGUGCCUUAAGUGUGCGAUAUUGUCUUGAAAGGCAAUCUUUGAUGUACCUCAGGUUUAUUAUUUUUGUAUUAGAAUGCUAGAUGCAAUCUUGCGCUGUAUACAUUUUCCCUUUUUUGAGUCAGUUUUAAUUUUGAGCAUUCAGUUUCGUUUCUAGUUUUUCCACAUUCACGUUUUUUUCAGUUAGUCACUUUUCUUAUUGAGGGUUGUCCCUCUUGUUUAUUAGUGGGUUCUGCGAACCAAUUUAGAAAUAUUAUCAAGUUGAGGCGCCAAGUUGAGCGUAUGUUCAAAAAAAGUGUUACGUCAACACAGCAUAAUGACAUGGUUGUAUUCCUCAUAAAAAGGAGCAAUGACAAGGUUUGGUUAUUUAACAAGAGCAGAGCUCCACGUUCCUUAAAGUAGAUAGAUAAGAUUCAAGACAUUCAUUCCUUAAACCAGUAUUGUUACAUGCGUUUCUGUCCUUCAUAUUCAGUUUUUUUGACAAAUUAGAUUUGUUCUAAAUACAUUGUUUAAUGUAUGACAUUUAGAUCUGAUGUUUUUUACUUAUUUGAUUAGCAAAAUGUGGUUUUUAGGUCCAAAAAAUAUGCCCUAUUUGGUAUGAAACGAAAUCUGCCGAACGGUAAUUGUGUUUUAUAAGAAAUAUGGGACGCCUAUAUUUACUGCAAUAUUUAUCUACGAUAUCUCAGAUAUAGCCAUGAUUAAAUAUGCCAAGAGGAUUCAAGAUUCGACUGUUGGAAUUAUAAAUUGCUCAUGUGCGCAAAUUGACUGUAACUAGAGUGCAGUUGACGCAUUUCUCAAGGCAUCUGUCAGGAAAAAUAAAUUUAUUUUGUCUUUAUACAUAUUCAAAGAUUAAUAAGUAAUGGCCCGAAUUUAGCUCAAUAUCAUGAGGAGUUUCUUGAAAAUUCUUUUCCUCUUCAAUAAGUCAUUUUGCCUUGUCAUUUUCAAAUCAUUUACAACUUUGUUUCUUGUCGGAAAUUUUGCUUCUACGUGCAUAUUACCCCAGUGGACGGAUUAAAAUGGUGCGAGCUACACGCUAUAGCUGGCCACAAUGACUGCAACUGUUCGGAUUUGAACAGUAAUGAUAAGAUUUUUCAUCCUGUUCUUAUUGUUCAGAAUCGUAUGAUCUCAUUGAAAAUAAGAAGUAGCGUUAAGCUUGAAAAAUCUUAAUUAAGAAUUAUUCUUCUUGAAUUAAAAUGUAUUCCUUUUUCAAAAAUUUCCUUGCAGUUCAUAAUGUUUUCGAACAAUCGGUCAC